UUUCUCCGAGCAGCUUUUUCAUCUUUGUGCUGGCAAACGGCCGAGCCGGCAGACACUGCGUCACUUCCUCAAGUUAUUUCCAUUUGUUUGUGGCGAGCGCGAGCAGUUAUCUGGUAGCUUCUCCACCAAAGAUAACCUUUGUGUUUCAUCCUGCAGCAUGUCAGCCUGGAAACAGCACUGCUCCUGUUUCAUCUACACUGUUUUACUGUGAAAUGAUGAAAGCGGCGUAGAAGCUACCAAACGUGUCGGCGUUAGCAAAGACAGGAAAAACGUGCGAUCAGAAGUAGUUGGUCAGCUAGCGUUAGCUAGCUAGUUUAGGUUAAUUGGCUAACUAUUGUUAGCCGCCCGGGUCCUGGUACUGCUGGUGUUGGAUUGUUGGCCAACGUCGGCUGACUUACUCACGACUGUAAGCUGAUGGAGUGCCCUCAUCUGAUCUCAAACGUAAGCUCUGCCAGCGAUUCCUCCAGGUUCCCUAACGGUACUCCGUCCUCCUGGUGUUGCAACGUUUGCAGGUCCAAUAAAAGCCCAUGGAUUUGCCUUACCUGCCUGAUGGUCCACUGUGGACGAUAUGUCAAUGGACAUGCAAAGAAACACUUUGAAGAGAGCCAAGUUAUUGGCUUUAGUCAAAGGAAGGGUGAGAAACAGGAGAAAGAGAAAACCCAUCAUUCUGUCUGCAUGGACUGCAGCAACUACAGUGUAUUUUGUUACAGAUGUGAUGACUUUGUUGUCAAUGACACCAAACUUGGACAGGUGCAGAAGGUCAGGGAACACCUGCAAAGUUUAGAAAAUUCAGCACUCAUGGGGGACAGACAGAGGAAAAGAAAGCUUCAGGAAAACCUCGCUCCAGAUAACAAACUGUUAAAAGACAAUGACGGGGCGGCUUUAGGUGCUACAGGCCUGCGAAACUUGGGCAACACGUGCUUCAUGAAUGCCAUUCUUCAGUCCCUCAGCAACAUCGAGCAGUUCAGCUGUUACUUUAAGGAGUUGCCUGCAGUGGCUCUACGCAGUGGUAAGACGGCAGGAAGAAGGAUGUACCACACCCGCAGCCAAGGGGACAACAGUGUAUCUUUGGUGGAGGAGUUCAGGAAAACUCUUUGCUCCCUCUGGCAAGGCAACCAGACCGCCUUCAGUCCAGACUCCUUAUUUUACGCCAUAUGGAAAAUCAUGCCAAGUUUCAGGGGCUAUCAGCAGCAGGAUGCUCAUGAAUUCAUGCGUUACCUGCUAGACCACCUCCACAGGGAGCUCCAAUACAGCCGCAACGGGGCGUCUCACCCGGUCUCACCUCAGGAUGGAGUCAGACUCCCCACCACAGAGGGCAAAUGCUGCAUAAAUGGGACUGCCAGUGUUGUCACGUCUAUUUUUGGUGGGCUACUUCAGAAUGAAGUCAACUGCCUGAUAUGUGGGACAGAAUCACGGAAGUUUGAUCCAUUUCUUGAUCUGUCUUUGGACAUUCCUAGUCAGUUCAGACAAAAGAGAAGUAAGGACCAAGAGCCAGGGCCAGUAUGCACCUUACGUGACUGCUUACGUAGCUUCACAGACCUGGAAGAACUUGAUGAAACAGAGCUGUACUAUUGCCAUAAGUGUAAAAAGCGACAGAAAUCAACGAAGAAGUUCUGGAUCCAGAAGCUGCCAAAGGUUUUGUGUCUGCACCUAAAACGGUUUCACUGGACGGCCUUUUUACGAAACAAGGUGGAUACCUACGUGGAGUUUCCACUGAGAGGCCUGGACAUGAGGGGCUACUUACUUGAGCCAGAGAACUCAUUACCAGGGAGCUGCCUGUACGACCUCGCUGCUGUCGUGGUGCAUCAUGGGUCCGGGGUUGGAUCAGGGCAUUAUACAGCAUAUGGCAGCCAUGAGGGCCGCUGGUACCACUUCAACGACAGCACGGUGACUCUGACCAAUGAGGACACAGUGAGGAAGGCCAAGGCCUACAUCCUCUUCUACGUGGAGAGGACUGGUCAGGUGGCCUCAGACAAGAUUGCCACAAGUAAGCCUGCCGCGGACACGACAGCCACGGACGGCGUUUCUUCAGAAACAGUAUCUCAGGGUCAGGUCGCAGCAGACGCAGUAGCCACAGACGCGGUUUUGAUGGAUGUGGCAGCCGCACACGUGAAUAUCCUGGACGAGAAAGCCCAAGAUAAUUCUACCCUGGAAGAUGUGAGCAAAGACACGGCUGCAGUGGACGAGGCCGACGCAGCGUCAGAGGAAGCUGCGACAGAUAUGGAUACCUCAGACAAGGCUGCGACAGAGGAAGCUUGCCAAGCUGUACAAACUGUUGCACAAUGAUUCUGUGAGAUUUCACUGCCUCAGACCAGCUCGUCACUCCAUUUUGUAUUCACCUCAAUCACACGUCACAAUGCUUGAUUAUUAUAGUUAAUUUUCACAUGUAAUGUAUCUGCAUCUCUCUUGUGUUUAUGAACUGCUUGACAGCACCACGUAUAACUUGCUGCUUAAUUAUUAUUUGUUUUGUUUAGUGUGACUUUUUUGCAUUUAUUUGCUCGAUGAUAUAUUCCUCAGUUGAGGUAGACUUCUCUGUAUGUAAUAGAUUCCAAAGGUGAUCGUUUAAAGUAAUGAAGUAAAGCUUUAGCCUUGGAAAACCUCAGUUGGUCCAAUGUUUAGCCUGAUUAGACUGAUGAGAUUAUUUGUGUCAAGACACUGUGUCAUUGUAACAAUAUUUGGCAUUUCUAUUGUUUUUAAAGUGUCUAAUUUUAUAUUUUCCACUUCUUAAGAACCUUGUAGUUCUGUUUUCCAGUUAUUAAAGGAUAUUCUAGGAUUUAGAAUGCAAUGCAUUUGACUGACGAGUGCUCAUUAGGGCUUUAGAACGUUCUUUUACUCCUCUUGAACAGAACCGAUGUAAAAGAAGUGAUCAUUCUCAAAGUUUUUUGUCUGUAUGGGUGCUGAAGUUUAACAUGUUGUGUUAAUCUGAAAUGGGCAAACUUGGGACCUAAUGAAAUUCUCUUUUGUGUGUAUCAGGCGCCGCGAAUAUGACAGAAUACAAUGGAGAAUAUUUUAUUCA